UAGAAAGAACCAGAAUCUAGUUCUCCACCAAUUUUCUUUCGGGAUCGAAUAUGUCUAAAAUGAUGAGACGAUAAAUCUAGCUUACUCACCACUCCUCUCACUGUUUCCGUUAAAGACUUAAAUCUUCUUUUUUGUUGGACACAUCAAUCGACGCAAUUUAACAAUCCUCAAGCAGAGGCAAUGACAAGAAGAGAACGAUGCAGUGGAUGUGGACUAUACCUGUUGGUUCCACCGGAGGCACGAACCAUUCGUUGUGCUGUGUGCCAAGCCAUUACCAAUACCAUCACCCCAGUUAAAAGUAAUGUUCGGGCCAAUGUCCAUUGGGGUCAUCUCCGUGACUCAUUAUUAGGACCAGACCAGACCAGUGUCCAGCGGCUUGGUUAUGAUAGCUAUCCUGGGUCAGGCACGCAUGGAAUUCCCUAUGUGUAUGCUCCUCAUCAGCGACCUCCGCAGCCACGACCUCCCCUAUCUGCUGUUUCUGUGCACGGAAGGAAAAGAGCACUUCUUUGCGGAGUGAAUUACCAUGGCAAGAGUUACAGGCUUAAAGGAAGCAUCAACGAUGUCAAGUGUAUGAGGUACCUUCUUAUAGAGAAACUGGGGUUUCCUAAUGACUCAAUACUCAUGCUCACAGAAGAUGAGACAGACCCUUUCAAGAUCCCAACAAAACAGAAUAUCCGAAAAGCAUUGAGAUGGCUGGUCUAUGGUUGCCAAUCAGGGGACUCGUUAGUGUUUCACUUCUCUGGCCAUGGCACGCGACAAAUUGAUUACAACCAAGACGAGGUCGAUGGGUACGAUGAAGCCUUGUGCCCUCUUGAUCAUGAGACCGAAGGGAUUAUAAUCGAUGAUGAAAUCAAUGACACCAUUGUAAGGCCACUGCCUCGAGAAGCGACACUGCAUGCAAUUAUUGACGCCUGUUACAGCGGAACUGUUCUUGAUCUGCCUUUUGUUUGCAGGAUGAACAAGGAAGGUUUCUAUAUAUGGGAAGAUCAAAGAAACCCUUUAUUUUACAAGGGUACAAGUGGAGGACUAGCCUUCUGUUUUAGUGCUUGUGAUGAUAAUCAAGUCUCUGCAGAUACCACUGCUUUCACUGGAACCAAUACCAGGACCGGUGCCAUGACGUUCAGCUUCAUCCAAGCUGUGCAAAAUGAACCUGGAUUGACAUAUGGCCGCUUGCUUAAUGCAAUGCGCAACGCAAUUCGUGACGUUAAAGCUGGUUUACGUCUAACCGGUCCAAUUGCAACUCUAAUUAACAAAGUUUUGUUUGGAACAACAACACAGGAGCCACAGCUAUCUUCAUCAGAGAAAUUUGACAUCUACUCAAAGCAGUUUGUGCUGUAGUAAUUUCUGUUCUUCUUACAAAAUUUCCCACAACUAUUUGGCUUUUUAAUCAUUGAACUUUAAAAAGAUUAUAAGUAAUUUAUUUUGUGUAAUAACAUUUAGUAUAUUUAUGACGGUCUUGUGAUGUA